GAGCCAUUCAAAUGGUCCUCAAGGAAAGCUAAAGCGGCACUCUUCCUCGCCGUCGAGCCCUUCCCCAUUUAUUCCUCGCUGCCUACUCCUCGUUCUCUUUCACACACCCUUACAUGUCUGGGGAGGAUGGAGAGCUCUACCACCAUGACCACGGCUUUUUCCAAGACCGCGACGAGUUCGCCUUUCAGGACGAGAGAGAUGAUCUGUCGUCGCUCUUCGCCCAAAAUCAGGGCGGCGGAGGCGCCGCCAACAGCCUACAAGGUCUCGACCCGUACGCAGUGUCACCGUUCUUGAGCUUCGAUGACUUCCUGGGUGGAUCGGCCGUGAGACACGGGACUCUGGCCAGCGCGUUCGAUGCGUCGUAUCUGCAUCCAGAUGUGUUUGGUAAUGGCGAGAUAACUCUGGUAGACAGUACUGUAGUCAAGUCCGGUAAUGAUCUCGCACCGCUGACUGGGUGCGGCGGCGGAGACGGCACGUCCCCGGUGUCACCGAACUCUUCGGUGUCUUCGUCAUCGACUGAGGCGGCGGUGGAAGACGACUCGGGGCGACGCAAGAAGGAUCAGCUGAAACAGGAGGUGGAUGAGGAGGAGGAGGAGGAGAUCAAGCAGCUAAAGCGACAGGGUAAAGCUGGCGAGGAAGCUGAGAGAGACAAGGCUAAGAAACAGAACAAGCCGAGGAAGAAGGGAGAGAAGAGGCAAAGGGAGCCUCGCUUUGCUUUCAUGACCAAGAGCGAGGUUGAUCAUCUCGAAGAUGGCUACAGGUGGAGAAAGUACGGCCAGAAGGCAGUCAAGAACAGCCCUUUUCCAAGGAGUUACUACCGGUGCACAUCUCUGAAGUGCCCGGUGAAGAAGAGGGUGGAGAGAUCAUACCAAGAUCCAACAGUUGUGAUCACCACCUACGAAGGGAAGCACACUCAUCAAAGCCCCGCAACUGCUCGAGCAAGCGCACAGCAGCUGCUUGCGCCGCCUCCACCUGCGGCAGCAUCGACAAGCUUCCGCAAUCACCUUCUGAUGCAGCAGCCGCGUGCACCGAGUGCCAUCCAGCAACACAACGCGAAUGUUAGCGUCAAUCUUCCCGGCUUCCAAUCUCCAUUGCAGCAACCUCAAGUCGCCGACUACGGUCUCCUGCAAGACAUCGUUCCUUCCUUCACGCAGUACAGCCAGCCAUGACGUGGCUUACUCACUCUGCUUCUUCUCUAUCUGUCUGUAACUCGACUAUUCUUGUACAUGGAUGUUCUUAAGUAGCAGACGAUGAGAAUUUGUAGACAGUACAUGGAUGCAGAUUGGAUCUGUCUGACGAAAUGAGAUGAAGCUAGAUGAUGACA